GUGAGUGUGAGCUCAUUGCUGGACACAGGUUCAUGCUGACUGGGACAAACUGGACCGUGCCCCCCACUCCUCCCCCUCAGGGCGUGGUGACGUGAACGCGCCUGACAGUGGGAGAAGAUGAAGCAGGACGCGCGCCCCCGCUCCGCAGACUCACAGCAGAGCUUCAGCGGACACACGCGUAGGAACCAUGAGGGAGAUCGUUCACAUCCAAGCGGGACAGUGCGGGAACCAGAUCGGGACCAAGUUUUGGGAAGUGAUCAGUGACGAGCACGGCAUCGACCCCGCCGGGAACUAUGUGGGUGACUCGAGUCUGCAGCUGGACAGAGUGAACGUCUACUACAAUGAGGCCUCCUCGCAUAAAUACGUCCCCCGGGCCGUGCUGGUCGACCUGGAACCCGGAACCAUGGACAGCGUGCGCUCGGGAGCCUUCGGACAACUCUUCAGACCAGAUAACUUCAUCUUUGGUCAGACAGGUGCAGGGAACAACUGGGCCAAAGGUCACUACACGGAAGGGGCGGAGCUUGUGGACUCUGUCCUGGACGUAGUGAGGAAGGAGUGCGAGCACUGCGACUGUCUCCAGGGCUUCCAGCUGACUCACUCUCUGGGAGGGGGCACUGGCUCGGGGAUGGGCACCCUGCUGAUCAGCAAGAUCCGGGAGGAGUACCCCGACCGGAUCAUGAACACCUUCAGCGUCAUGCCCUCACCGAAGGUGUCGGACACCGUGGUGGAGCCUUACAACGCCACCCUGUCGGUCCACCAGCUGGUAGAAAACACAGAUGAGACCUACUGCAUCGACAACGAGGCCCUUUACGACAUCUGCUUCCGCACUCUUAAACUCACCACCCCCACCUAUGGCGACCUCAACCACCUGGUGUCAGCCACCAUGAGCGGCGUGACGACCUCGCUCCGUUUCCCCGGACAGCUCAACGCAGAUCUCCGCAAGCUGGCCGUGAACAUGGUUCCUUUCCCCAGGCUGCACUUCUUCAUGCCGGGGUUUGCUCCUCUGACGGCGCGAGGCAGCCAGCAGUAUCGAGCGCUCACUGUUCCUGAGCUCACCCAGCAGAUGUUUGAUGCCAGGAACAUGAUGGCGGCUUGUGACCCUCGCCAUGGACGAUACCUGACUGUGGCCACCGUCUUCCGGGGGCCCAUGUCCAUGAAGGAGGUGGACGAGCAGAUGCUGAACAUCCAGAACAAGAACAGCAGCUACUUCGUGGAGUGGAUCCCCAACAACGUGAAGGUGGCCGUCUGCGACAUCGCUCCCCGAGGGCUCAAGAUGGCCGCCACCUUCAUCGGCAACAGCACCGCCAUCCAGGAGCUGUUCAAGCGGAUCUCUGAGCAGUUCUCGGCCAUGUUCCGCCGAAAGGCGUUUCUGCACUGGUUCACCGGCGAGGGCAUGGACGAGAUGGAGUUCACGGAGGCGGAGAGCAACAUGAACGACCUGGUGUCCGAGUACCAGCAGUACCAGGAAGCCACCGCCAACGACGGCGAGGAGAACUUUGAGGACGAGGAGGACGAGAUCAACGAGUAAGAGUGUGGAGGACCACAAGCGCCACAAGCAUUGAAAUAAAGAAUUCUGUGCUUAAAUAAUGAAUGAAUUGUACAAUAAAUUCUGCAUUUGUAAAUUCA